GGACUGUGCGCGCGGGCGGGGCGGCGGGACCAGGCCGGUUGCGCGCGCAGAGGCUAAGCAAGGGGGCAGGCCAAGAUGGCGGCGGCCGCGAUCCGGGCGUCGCUGCGGGGCUGGAGCUCUGGAGUCCAGCGGGGCAUGGGGCUGCGGCACCAGAGUCAGACCCAGGGGCCUCCUGAUUAUCCCAGCUUCGUGGAAUCUGUGGAUGAGUAUCGCUUUGUGGAGCGCCUGUUACCUCCCACCAGCAUCCCAAAGCCCCCAAAGCAUGAACAUUAUCCCACCCCUAGUGGCUGGCAGCCUCCCAGAGAUCCCCGCCCCAACCUGCCUUACUUUGUGCGGCGCUCUCGAAUGCACAACAUCCCUGUCUACAAGGACAUCACACAUGGCAAUCGCCAGAUGACUGUGAUCCGGAAAGUGGAAGGGGAUAUCUGGGCCCUACAGAAGGAUGUGGAAGAUUUUCUGAGCCCACUGCUGGGGAAGACACCUGUCACCCAGGUUAAUGAGGUGACAGGUACCCUACGAGUCAAGGGCUACUUUGAUGAGCAGCUAAAAGCCUGGCUCCUUGAGAAGGGCUUCUGAGGCCUGCCGAGCAGCCUGCAUGGCAUAGUCCCCCAUAGUUCAGGGGAUCUUGGGAAUUGAGAAGUAUGUUGGAACCCCUGGGACAGGAAACAGAUAUCAGGGCUAAGGACUUGGGCAGGGCAGAGUACAAGGGUUAAGACUAUGAGCCCAGGCCUUUCUUACAUCAAGAGGAAAACAGGUAUCCACUAGGGGAGAGUUGUCAAGCAUGAGAGACCCACCUUGAAUAGCCAAGGGAGGAGAGGACAUUAUCUGCUGUCCCUCCCCCUCAUUGUGGCCUGUUACUUGGGGCUGGAAGCGACAGCCCAACCACCUUUGGGGAAGGGUUCACAGGGCAGAGCCAUUGGACACAUCUUUCCUUGGCCCUCGGAACUCACUGCCGGGAUCAUUCCUGAGCCUUUGCUGUAGGUCAGACCUGGCUCCGUCCUAGAGACUGUGUGAAACAGUUGACUCCGGCAUAGGGUCCCAGGAGCCUUAAGCUCCAAGUGCUGUGUUGGGCAUCAGGGCAGAGUGCCAUGAAGUCCAGGGGGAGGUGGGAAGCCUAGUCCUGGUCCCUGCUCUAUUCCAAACCCCUUAGGUUUAUCUGGGUUUCCAUCUCUAAGAAGUCAAGUGAUCAGCUUUUGCUGUCCAGGCCAGGCCAUAAGAUGGUGCUUGGGAGCUCCUCACAGGCCAGUCCAAGAUCAUCCUCCCAGCAUGUUGACCUGCAUGCAGGAAGUUCCUCUCCCUGGAGUCACAAGGGCCAAAGGCCUGAGGGUCCUGUCCCGCCCUCAGACUGGCUAAGACAGUGUUUGGAUCUGGCUUCUAUAAUUGGUCUCUGACCUAAGACAGGGUAUUGAUUCUGUAAAAUGGGUAUGUCUUUGUAGUUAAUAAUCAAGUGUCUACUCCUGGAAAAUACAGACCAUUACCAAGUCUACAGCCUCAGCAAGGAAAGGGAGCCCAACCCCGACCCUGACACAAGCCCCACCAGUCGUUAAUGCAAGUUUUUAUUUGGCCGUAUAUACAAUUUAAGCUAUUAAAAUUUGUACAAUAUUUACAAAUUAAAUAAUCAUCUGAAACUGUC